GCACAUUAGAACAGCAUCUUGUACUUCAGCUGGGAAUAAAUUACCCUUGGCUCGCUCCUCUGCAAUUUAUUGCUUCUUUUCCUGCCUGUUUGAACCUUUAUCUAGUGGCCUCUCGGCAACGAUUUCUAUAACACCAUAGGUCUUUGGAGCCUCAAUUUUUGCCCUGGCUCCCUCAAGACCCUCCUUCCUACAAGCAUGAGGUUGGCCCCCACCACCGUGCUCCUGUGGGCCUGGGGCAGUCUCCAGGCCUUUGAAAUUGUGGAGAAGGAGAACAUUUUUCAAAGGACCCCUUGCCCCGCUUUUCUGGUGUUUGAUAACACUGCCUAUCUGGCUGACAUGAGCUUUGAGCUUCCCUGUCACUGCAAACCUGAGGAUGUUUCUGCUGUGGUCUGGUAUUACCAAAAGUACCUGGGGAGCAGCCACACCACGGUGCUUACAGACUUCGACGGGCGGUUGCUUACAGAGGCUGCUCAUGUUAGGGUAGGCAGCAGUAUGCUGGCUCGCUUCAGCAUCCGAAUGUUCAGCCUGUUGGUCUUCCGGGCCCAGCCAGAGGACUCAGGCCUAUAUUUUUGUGGCACUCGCAACGGGGACUAUUUUUAUGCCUAUGAUGUGGACAUCCAGAGCCAUAAAGGAAUGGUGGCCAGUUUCAGGGACAAGGGCCAGGAGCCGUUGCCGGAUGAGUACUAUGGGAGCCUCCACGUCUUUACUACCUUCUGGGAGUGGACCCCCUGUGACCGCUGUGGGGUGCGCGGGGAACAGUGGCGCUUUGGACUCUGCUACCUGCAGAACCCUAACCUUUCACCUCGAUACAUUAAGACUCUGCCGGAUGUGGUGUCCUGUGGCUCUCGGGCUGUGCCAUGGAAACUGCACCUCAAGACCAAGUAUCACACACCUGAGCUGUUGAUUCAAAGCUGCCUAGUGUCCUGUAAGAAGAACAAGAUGGGGGAGGGUAUACUGGCAAUCUACAACUAUGUGUCGAAACUGGGCGGCCGGCCCUGGGUGCCUCAGGUCCCCAUUCAAUUCCAUCAGCAGAGACUGGGUCACGGCCUCAUCAUCUCCUGUCCCGGGGCCCGACCAGAGCAUGCCGUGGCCUGGGACAAGGACAGUCAGCCCCUCUACCGCACCCAGUACCUAAAAGGUGUGAACAGAUCCAUGAGGGUUUUCAUCGACCACGGCAACCAUCUCCACAUCCGCUUCACCCAGCUGAGUGACCGGGGCAUCUAUUACUGCUGGCGGCAAGGGUUGAAAAUCGCUGGCUUCCGGCUAGGCGUAACAUCUCGAGGGCGCUACCCAGCCUCACUCUCAGACCCCGAGACUCGCACAGCCGUGGAGCUCACCCUGAUAGGCUAUCUGCUCAUCGCCGUUGUCUUCGUUACCAUUCACCUCUGUCGGUGCUGCUGCCAAUCUCGCUGUUGUCCCAAUUUCUCUGCCCAAACCCUUCUCCAGCUGUGACGACCAGUCGUGUUACAAUA